UCUCUCUUUCUUUCUAGAAACCAAACAACUCUCUCUCUCUCUCUCUCUCUCGAAUCAGAAUGCAAAGGCAAUCACUGGGCGGCUCUUCAUCACCAAGUUCAAAGCUGCAUCUAUGCGAAGAAAAUGAUGAGGAAGAUAAGAGGAAAUCACAGAGAUUAGUUGUUACAGAUUCAGAUAUUGAUGAAGAAGAUGAAAAUGAAGAUGAAAUUAGAGUAGUAGUAAAAAAGAAGAAAAUCUUGGAGAAAUCUGUUAAUCAUCAUCAUCAUAGAUCUUCUUCUUUUACUCAAACUGAGAAAUCUAUUCAUCUCAUUCCUAUUCUCACUAUCUUCUGUAUACUCAUUCUUUAUCUUGUUUCUUACGAUCCUUCUCAAAAAGAUUUAGUGAAUAUCGAUGGUUUCAGAAAGACUACUUCAAAGCAGCAAUUAGAUUCUGAAGAAAUUGAUUUAAGCGAUUUGAGACGAGGAGGAGGGGAUGUAUUAGAGAUUAGAAGUCAUAGAAGCUUACAUGAGAUUCAUCAUCAUCACAAAGACGACCACUCUACUAACAACAACAACAGAUCUCGUUUCCAUAGAAAAAUGAUCGGCGAUUUCUAGUCCUCUCAAUUCCAUUAAUACACUCUGCUGCCUUUCUGGUUCUUUUCUUUUGUCUCUCUCUUGUGAGCUUACCGUUGGGUACUCACAUGUGUGAAAUAAGCAUGUGUACAAAAAAAAAUCACGAGAAAUUUACUCACACGUGUUUUGUUCUUUUGUGAAGUUUGUUUGGCACGUAAAGGAAAAAUUCUUACUCCUUUUUUUUUUUUAAUUAAAAUUUUAUUUUAUCA